GCAAUAUUUUAUUGAUCAGGGUCCCCAUCAUGUUCAUAAAACAAAGGCUAUUCUUCCUGGGGCCCAAUCAAACACUCCAUCAACAGAAAACAUGAAUCUUAUUCUAACACACCAUAACAACGACUCACAAUGUACACAACCAGAAAAAACACAAUAAUAGCUAAACAAACCACAGAUCACUCUAAUAAACAAUAUUUCUAAGUAUGUGACUAACGUAUAUUAUUAUUGAGCAAACCAGCACUGGGAACAAUGUAGGCAUAAUAUUUGUCUAAAAUAUUAGAACAAAUAUUAACUUUAUUGGAUUCAAUUCAAUUGGAUUCAAUCUAUCUAUUGUCAUUGCACAGAGUACAGGUACACAUGCAACGAAAUGUGUUCUCUGCAUUUAACCCAUCCUUAGUUAUUAAGGAGCAGUGGGCUGCAGUGAUGCGCCCGGGAAGCAACUGGGGGUUCAGUGCCUUACUCAAGGACACUUCGACUUGCAACUAAUGGGGAGAGCGGGGAUCGAACCUUGCGGUUGCAGGACGGCCCUCUUACCCCACUGAGCUACAGCCACACAACCAGAAAAAAAACACAAUAAUAGCUAAACAAACAAAACAUCACUCUAAUAACCAACUAGAUUAGAACAAAGAUAACAUAUGUGGCAUUAUAUUUAGCAUUACUUUAUUGAUCAGGGUCCCCAUCAUGUUCAUAAAACAAAGGCUAUUCUUCCUGGGGCCCAAUCAAACACUCCAUCAACAGAAAACAUGAAUCUUAUUCUAACACACCAUAAUAACGACUCACAAUGUACACAACCAGAAAAAACACAAUAAUAGCUAAACUAAUAUUUAUAAGUAUGUGACUAACGUAUAUUAUUCUUGAGUAAACCAGCACUGGGAACAAUGUAGGCAUAAUAUAUUAGUCUUAAAAUAUUAGAACAUUAUAAUCUUAUUCUAACACACCAUAACAACGACUCACAAUGUACACAACCAGAAAAAACACAAUAAUAGCUAAACUAAUAUUUCUAAGUAUGUGACUAACGUAUAUUAUUGUCGGCAUAAUACUUUACAACAACUUAAGCGGUUUUAAAUCUACAUUCUGCAAUCAUAAAACCAGUUUUAAUGCUUUUGAUGCUUUUGAUGGAGACGUGUCAAUUUGUUCUUUUCUUCUGAAUUACGUGCAAAAACGAAGUCUCAACUCACGCCGGUGCCGGUGGUCGUUGCUGCGUCGCGACGGGACUCGAGCCUUUCGGCUGAAGCCCUCAGACGUCAGCAGCCGCCUUCUGUCUCCUCUCGCGACCCGUCCGCUGCACCCACAAUCCCCCGCGCCAGGACAAGAUGGACGAAAGCAGCGACCGCCGGAGAACAAUGUUUUGGCAAUAAACCCCCGAAAAAGCUGCGAAUACGGAGCGAACACAGGCACGUUUACGAAAACCAACUGCGGUCAUGCGCAGGAUAUUCCUCUCCUGCAUUCCUCUUUAGAAUUAUUGCCCUCCUUCCUCCCUGCACAAAGCAGACCCACCACUAUGAGUAUUAUCCAAGACAAAUUAGGCAAUGAGUUUUUGCGCAACGGUGGCAUGGAUCCCAAUUUCGCCCCGGGUAUGCUCAUGUUCAGCCACCUGCCGCCCGUCACCAGCUUCACGCGGCUGGCCUCCCAGUCCGUGAUGGGCGAGCUUCCUCAGGAGAUGGUCCUGAAGAAAGAGCGGGAUUCGCCGCCGGAGCACCACGGCGGCGGCGCCGUGAACGCGGGGGGCUUCCUCCACAGCAUGGGCAUCAAGCAGGAGCGCCUCAGCGAGCUGGAUUACCGCCUGCCGCUCUACGGUGGGAGCGUCGGGUUGAACUGCGCCGGCGCGGGGAAGAGCGGCGCCGACAUGCAGGACAUGUCUUUCGGGAACCACCACCACCACCAGAACAUGCUCCUGCACGACCUCAGCCUCAGCAACGUCCGUUCCCUCGGAGAACAGAUGCCCGGAAGACCGGUUAAGGAGCCGAAAGAGCCCUCAGGGAGAAAAGGGAGAAGGAGCAAUGGGGACGGGCAAGGAGGCAAAGCACGAAGGAAACGCAACGAUGCCGCAAAGGCCAUGAUGCUGGAUGCAGACGGAGCCUGCAUGUCCCCCAACUCCAAACCACAUAUCUGUGAGCACUGUAACGCCGCCUUCCGCAGCUCCUACCACUUGCGCAGACAUGUUCUCAUACACACAGGUGAGAGGCCUUUCCGGUGCAGUCAGUGUAACAUGAGCUUCAUCCAGAAAUAUCUGCUCCAGCGGCACGAGAAGAUCCACAGCGGAGAGAAGCCUUUCAGCUGUGACCAGUGCAACAUGCGCUUUAUCCAGAAGUACCAUAUGGAGCGACACAAGAGGACUCACAGUGGCGAGAAGCCAUAUCGCUGCGAUACUUGCCAACAAUUUUUCUCAAGAACAGACCGGUUACUGAAGCACAAACGGACUUGUGGAGAAGCCAUAAAGAAGGGCACGGACCCAAACAUGCUGGAGCUCAGCGAAGCAGAGCUAGGCCAGGGCAGCUAUGCACUCACUCAGGGAAACUCUGCCACCUCCGGGCGGAAGAGGGCCAAGUCCAAAAACGGCGAGGGCAAGAGGAAGAAGAAUGCGUCGGCGGCCUCGUCCUCCGGGGGCCUGCAGGACUUCGGCAUGGAGCACCCUUCGGGCUCCGGCCCCGCCAUGCAGGGACGCUCUCCGAAGCUGGUCUUUAAGAAAGCCGGCCGCAAGGCCCUGGACAAGGGCCUGCUCUCCCUGGGAGACGGCGCCGACGGACAGAAACCGCCGUGCCAGAAGCCCGGCGCCAUGGACCACGGGGGGGCGUCGGCCCUCGACAACAUGGUUCUCCUCCAGGGGGGCGGGGCGAACAAGCAGGAGCCGACCACCAGCAGCAACUACGACGACGCCAUGCAGUUUGUGAAAAAGCGGCGCUACCUCCACGCGGUCAGCAACGACUACGGCGCCGGCUCGCUGCUCAUGGCGCCCCAGGGCGGCGGCGGCGUCGUCAUCCAGGGCUCCCUGGGGCCGGAGCCCACGCUGGCCAUGCUGGACUCCUCGCCGCUGGAGCUCAAGCACGACAAGUCGGGCAUUCCGGACGAAGUGCUGCAGAGCCUGCUGGAGCACUACAGCCACAAGCCGGAGGGGACGCACCACCACGACGUGACCUUCGACCUGUCGGACCACCCCCACCACGUCGACCUCCAGCCCGCCGCCCCCGUCACCCCCGAGCUGGAGGACGACUCCCCCGGCGACAAGACGGCCGUGAUGAGCGAGUACUCCAAGUUCCUCCUGCAGGCCCUGGAGCGCACCAGCCACAGCGGGCCCUUCCCCAUCCUCGGCCCCCCGGGGCCCCUGUUCUCCGACAAACACGCGUACGCCUCGUCCCCGCUGGACUGCGUGUACCCGCCCGCCGUCUCCUCCCCGCUGCCCGUCGCCGCCCCUUCGUCCUCCUCCUCGUCCUCCUCCAAGUCCCACUACGGCAUGCUGGUGGGCUCCCCCUCCCAGGCGGGCUACCACCUGGGCCUGGAGCCCGCCGGCCGCCAGCAGCUGACGCCGUCUCAGGAGCUGACGGAGCAGCUGGAGAAGCAGCACCCCCCCGGCACUUUCAGCCUGCCCCCCCAGGACCUGACCGCCGCCGCCGCGGCCGAGGGCUCCAAGGGGCAGCAGGUCAAGGCGGGGGGGGGGGCCGCGCCCGCCAACGGCUCCGGUUACCCCGACCUGUCCCCGCUCAACCCCCCGAAGGAAACCACGUACCAGAUCGAGAACUUCGCCCAGGCCUUCGGCUCCCAGUUCAAGUCCGGGCGGGUGACCCCUCUGGGCUACGGCAGCGACCCCGGGGGAGAGGUGGACCAUCGAAUACGGACUCCGGUGUCAGAAUUCUCAGGGUAUACCAGUUUGUUAGCCGACGUCGGCGAGCCAGUGAGUACAGGAUCAAAAACCCAGACAAGCCAAAGUUUCAGAUAAGGGUCGAACGAGGUGAAUCCAGUCGGGGGCGGUUCUGUUGCUGUCCACACGGUCCCAUCCGAAUUUUGUUCUUGUAGCAAGGUUUGUUUUUUAAACACUGCCAUUAAAUGUUGAUACAAAAAUGACCAGGGAGGGUCUUUCAUGGCCUCAAAUGCAAUUUUUUUUAAUAUUCUCAAUUUUAUUAUGUAUUUUUUUUUUAAGAGUAGUGAUUUUGAUAUGAACGUACCGUAGAUUUAAAUGUAAUUUAAAACAUUUAGAGGGUAGCUAUAAACUUGCUUGACUUUUUCUUGUGUGUUUUUUUCUGAACAUUGUGUUUUAUCAAUCAUCAAACCAUUGUGAAGUAAUAAUGUUGGUCAUUUCAAUAAUACCAUUUGGUGGCAGGGAAAGGCCCAGAAUUCAAAUUGCAAAAAAAAAAAAAGUAUAUAUUGUCUGUUACAAGAAGCAUAAACUCAGGAAAAUAGGCAAAAUUGUGUAAUAAGACUUUGUAUUAUGAGAUGCAAUUAGCACAGUUUUUACAGGUGUACUUUUGAGACUACAAAGCUUUGAUUUUGUUUGUGUAUUUUAUUUUUAUUUUACUCGUCACGACGACAAAUCCCAAUGGCCGUGUUUGGUUUCCACUGCAUGGAGCGUUGUUUAGAUUACGGUACUGUCGCAUCGCCGUGGAGACGAGGAUGUCGGAGCGCAACCGACCGUCAGCUGACAGUCUGACGAACCGAGCGCUCCUCUUGUCGAGCGGCCUCGUCGAUAUUCAACUUCGUGCCGUUAACGUCCAUCCCGGAUCGUUUUUUAAUCACGAUGUUGCUGGAGUGAUUUCUUUUUUAAUUGAAAACAUUUCUUUAAACAAGUCACCACUUUUCUACUCCAUCCCUUUUUUUUUUUUUUUUUUUUUUUUUUUGGUCAAUGGAAUCAAACAAGCACUUUUAAAAAAACAAAUCAUCAUUGGAAGCAAAAACAACCCAUACAAUUCAUAUGUGAUACGUGAUUAUUAUGCGAAUGAUUAAUAUUAUUUUAAGAGGAGAAAACUGUGAACUGGGCUUGGGGGGGGGUGGGGGGGCUGGGUUAUUGUUUGUUAGGGGUUGACUAGGCAUGACCACGGGCAUCUAAAUGUAUUUUGUUGCUUUUGCUCAAGGGCAGAAGGCGGGGGGGGGGGGGGGAUUGUUUUUCUUACGGUUUGUCGGGUGAUGUUGUAAAAAGAUGAUUUGCCAUAAUUUUGUGAUACAAUAUUUUGAUAGCACCUCUUUGUAUUUAAGUGUUUUUGAGACACGGGCUGACAUGCUUGGAACCCUUAUAUCUUUGAACCCCUGGGUAUGUUGGACGCACACCCAACCCCCCCCCCCCCCUUUUCUUUAUUUAUUCUCCACGAGCCACAUCAGAACUCGGUAGCAGAUAUUUUUGGCAAGUGAUCACCGGACUUGUUCCCCUACUCCCUCCUACUUUUUUUAAAGGAUUUUCUUUAACCUCACUGGAGUAGUAACCGCUUCAAUAAUACCGUUAAGAAACAGGAAAAGUUAAGUUAUACCCCCCCCCCCCACCUCCCCUCGGCCCACAUUGCAGCCCUGCACUCGCAAGAAUAAACAAUGGCCUUCUUUGUCUUCCGUGGCUGAAGCCAUUCUAUCCCGGCAGCCAGGGUUGAUAUUUAAUUUAGUUGAUUUCCUGUGGGCCCCCCUCCCCUCUCUCCCCUCCCCCCUCCCUCCCUCCCUCCCUUUCCUACGUCUGUGAGCUCCACAGCCAAGAGACUUUGAAGCUGCUCAGAUCCCAGGGAACAAAGACUGACCAGCCACCUCACUCCACACACUCUGCUUUUUAAUGGAGAGAACGAGUGGGUGAGAGCUGGAGAGAGAAAAAAGACAAUAAGAUUGACCUAAAUAUACCUCAUAUCACUAAAGCGUAAAAAGCAGGGACACACGUUUCAUGUAUGUAGUGGAAAUAUUUGUAGUAUAGGUUGGACAUAUUGUAUAAUCAUGUAACACUGCCUGUGCUUACAAUUAUAGAGCGAAUGACUUGUCAAAAAUGCAAAUGUGUUUUUUAUUUUUUAUUUUCUGUUCAACAUCCACGCCAAGCAGUGUUGCGUUCUAGAUGCCUCAUAGAACAUUCAUUUUUCUCAAUUAUAUCCCUUAUUUUUGUUACUUGCCAUAAUGUGUUUUGAUAUGAACUCUAGAAGGAUAUUGUUUACAAAAUGUACAAAAACACUAAAAAUGUGUGUUCUCAAUUUCUUUUUGAGUUUUUCUCCAGUAUGCAUGAUAAAGACAGUUUUGUACGGCUUUUUCUGACUCACCUCAAUACCAAAUUUUGUAGCAGAGGCCUCCCCAUCCCUUUGUCUUCUUUGUUCUAGACCCCUCGUGAUAUGAUUUCCCAGGCUGUACCUGUUAUUGAGAUGAUGAACGGAUUAGAGAAGCCAAUAAAAACCUUUUGUUAAAAAAAAAAGUA